CUAUUGCCCCAUUGCAACGCAUGUUCUGACGAGAUUCUUUGGUUGACCACGCCUUACCGUUGCAGUCUAUUGCGCGAUGCCGAAGCGUAAAAAAGGAUCCACAACGAGCUUGCGACCUCGCUUUGACUUACAAGAACGCUUACUAGGCCGUUUCUACGAGCCUCUUGUCCUGUUGUAUACGCUCGGGCGCACCAGAGGGGAACCUGCAAAGCCUUUGAUACCCUCUCGUAAACAUCUGUCCUACAUGCCGCUCACAAACCUGAGGAGGAUAUUUCUCAACGAGUUAGCGUACAUGUGCGACUAUGACAAAGGUGGCCGGACCGUGACAGCAAUUGGAUUGCAGUGUACACCGGAGAAGCAAAUAGUCUGGGUAGCGACCAACUCGGGCUCUACGACAAAAGUCAUUGAAUUUUUGGCUUCACUUCUGAAACAGGUGAUGCGUACAGCGAUGCGCGCAGAAACCGGUUCUUUCGACACGGAGCUGGCAUCGCGUUGUAUUCAUUUCGCAACUCCAAGAGUCAAGAAGUACGGAAGUCAUUUGAGGCCUCUGAUUCGAAGGUGCGUCUCUCAUCUUCUCAAGACGGAACCAGUGGUUGAAAGUGGCUUCAUCGAAUGGCUUCAAAGUUGGGAAUAUACGAGAUCUCCGGUGGACCUCUGCUCUUCAGCUUAUACAAGUCGUAAAUCGAAUUACAUGCAAGUCCUAGCUCGACUCGGCGCAGAGCCAAGUUACGGAAGCAACGAGGACUCUAUAUAUUCAGCCUUCGCAAUGGUCCGGCACUACAUUGGCAGAUUGGGCCAUCAUUUUCGAGCAGCUGGAACGUUAAUCGCCUGCGCACCAAGGCUCUUGGAUCUGUUCCACAAUUGCGAAGUUCGUGGCGUGCCUGUCCUCCCACACGCCACUAUGCCUCCACCCGAUCAACUGACAAGACCAAAUAAUGUUGUGGUUCGUAUGCUGCCAGCAAAUGCGCCUCAGCUCAAUCACUACCAGCAAGCUCUUGCAGUCUUGGACGCCCGCUUUCAGGUCUUCCAUCGCUUCCAGGAGAAUAUGGCAACGCCCAGCGGGAAUCCAUGCAUUCACGCCGAGAUUCUAGUCCUGGAACAUUUCUACAGGUUCGGAAUGCGUUUUGUGGACGAUGAUUCAUAUAUCGCUUGCAGCAAGCCAGCGUGUUUCUGUUGUCUCCUAUACUUCCGACACCAUCCUGCACAUGUGAUAGAGCCCAUAUCGCACAAUAAGAUAUACCUGAAUUGGAGACCACCUGAUUUCAGUACACCUAUGGGCAAUAUCGGUCCGCAUCAUCAGCGAGACAUCCUUAACACUAUGAAUCAGGUGCUUCGAAAGGAGAUCUUGCUCCAACUCGAUGCGAAGACUGGACAUCAGGCUCAGCACCCAGACUCUGUAACCGGAAUUACAAUAUCCACCCAGACGGGGCAGGCAGAAUUGCACAAAGAAGGAGCUCUUUUUGCAACAAGGGUAGCAGAUAAUAACCCAGGGCUGGAUCAUUUCAACCAGACUUCUCCAGGCUCGAUACAGGACGAAUCAAGGGAGGUUCAACCAAAUAACAUCGAAUUGGAGGCACCUAACGGCGAAUUUUUCAAAUUUGACGAUGGCUUAGAAAGUCCCAGCAGUGAUUCAGAUGAGGAUGGAGGCGUUCAAUUGCCAGUCUAGCUACUACGAGCUCUUGCAGUAGGUAGUACAAAAUCGAAAUUUUCUUUGUCUUCCUUUGGAAGCUCUAAUGGCAUC